GGUCUUAUGUUGUCCCUUGAGAGCUUCAAAGCAAACAAGAUCAAGUAUGAUGAAGGGAGGCUGCUUGACCCAAGGAGACAACCCCAUUACAGCUACAAGUCAACCAUAAAAAUAACCCUGCCAUUGCAAGCCCACAACAUGUCUAUAUGUUUCCUGCUACAUUUUAUCAUUAGGAUGGACUAGGUUAGGAGUAGAUACUAAACUGGGAAGCAAUUUUCCCCCCUACAGUAUAUGAGACGAUUUUGGAUGAACGGGCUGUAGAUAGCAUCUCAAGGAGGUUUGUGUGUGUACAAGUAGGAGAUGAAGGCCCGAUAAGGAAAUGAAGGGAAAGGGUGCAGCACAAAUAAACUUCGGCUCACUCUUAGAAAGAGGUGGAACGAGUGAAGUACAGUAUAUUCUUCCACUUUCCCAUCAAAACUGGAUCCCGUGUCAAUCGGGUCAGCGACGACUUGAAGGAUUUCACCCUAGGUGAGAGCAUUUGAGAGGUUCUGGUACUGUUCAUCUCCAUGAACACAUCAUGAAGGAUUCUGAACAAAGCAAGUACAACUGGCCAAAUGGGGAUUCAGAGGUACCUCUCAAAGCGGCUACUCGUCUCCACCUCAACGCGUUUGACUUUACAGACCUCUGGGAUGAUGAAGACCCGGAAUUAGACAGCGUAGAAGAAGAAAAAAGCAAACCGAGCUUCAGUGGCAUCUCGUCACCGCCGCCACCCCCUCCUCUUGACUCCCUAAUCUUCGCGGACUCCCCCAAGAGAGCUGCUGCGAAACGUGCCACCCUGAAACUUCACUGGCGAGCGAUACACAAUGUGGCCGCGCUACCCAGAAGGACUCACUUCGGGACUCAGACCAUCUGGACCACAAUGGAGCCAGUCCAGUUGGAUACUGCGCGACUGGCGCUCCUGUUCGAAUGGAAGGCCAACCGUGCCGGCACGAGUGUUUUUUGCGGACAACGGAAACAAAGCUCAGUGUCAGUGUUGGGAAUGAAACGCAGUAACAACAUCACCAUCACUCUGAGCGGCCUGCCUCCCACGCACCUCCUCCCGCCUGCUAUAUACAGCAUGGAUAGUAGCGUGCUGGACCGUGAGGACAUUCAGCGACUUCAAAUGCUUCUCCCGACUGAGGAGGAGCUCAGUCUGAUAAAGGAAGCCAAGACCCAGAACCCAAACUCCUAUCUGGCUCCAGCUGAACUCUGCUUACUGGUUUUGGGUGAGAUUCCUCACCUGAGCACCAGGCUUCACUUGUGGGCCUUUGUGCUAGAUUACGACUCCUUAGAGCAGGAGAUCGCCAAGCCUCUCUUCUACCUGAAGCAGGCCAUGGAGCAGCUGGCGGGCAGCCAGACCUUCAAGCACGUCCUCGCAACGGUGUUAGCCAUCGGUAACUUUCUCAAUGGAUGCAAGGCCCGCGGCUUUGAGUUGAGUUACCUGGGCAAGCUAUCGCAAGUGAGGGACACGCGUUCUCGCCAGCCUCUUCUACACCAUGUGUGCGUGCUUCUCCAGCAGCUAUAUCCUCAAUCCUCGGACCUCUACUCUGACCUGAUGACAGUGAGCAAAGCUGGCAAGUGUGAAUAUUCGCUUGUCCGAGCAGACCUGGACCACCUCCAAGCCUUGUCCAAGGGGUCGUGGGAGGAGAUGAAGAUCUUAGAUCAAGCGGAUGAAUGGCAAUGUGUAAACGGCAAGAAGAAACAACCUGCCAGAGAAGGUACAAGCGCAGGGCUCCGUCACAGGCUGCCAGACCUUCUGACGGAAUGUGAGGAGAGAACCGAGGCCCUGACAGCAGUAUACCGUCGGGUCAUCAACAGCAAUGGUACGAGAAACCAGACCCGAGGAAAAGCAUAAGUAACUUCGCUCUAGAGUUCCGGGCUACUUGGCAGACCGUUGUCCUUCAAAAAGAACGAACCGGCGGAACCCCACCUACGAGACGAGCCAAAUGUCAACCAUCUCAGAUUCAUGAAAGUGAGCAACAUUCCAUGUUGGAAGAGUUGUUGAGAACACCCGAGCCCACAGUCAGGCUGGAUGGGACUCUGCCUCGACAACGCAGAAGGAUGUCAAACAUCCCAAGUGAGGCUAAGAUGCACCAUAGAGAGUCUCAUUUAACCAACAAAGUUCAAUCAAAUCCAAUUUUCCAGAAGCCGUCUUGACAAAACCCAAGCGCUGAUGGCUAGAUAAAUGAUGGCGUUUAUCUACACUAUUACAGUGCCAAAGUGUACCCACGAGUCUUUGCGCCAUUCACAGGAAUGACGACCUGUGGGUACACCUUAUGGGUUGCAAUUGUGACAUUACGUAUUUGGUGAAUACAUGACUUACACAAGUGUUCUGUGAAUAAAAGUGUGAACAUUUUUCAAGUUAUUCUGUUUACUAAACUCCUUUGUUUAGUCAAGUAUGCAACGGAGAAUCAAUUGAGCCGAUGCAAUCAUUUCAAAUGUCGAUAUGGGUGUGCGGCACUCAGUGUUGUCUUUUCUGAGGAAACUGGGUUGAAAUGGCUCUUUGUGUGGUUCAUCCGGGGUUGACAGUAUUAAUGGGCCGGUGGCCCGGACGAACAUUUAAAACCGUCAGGGCCACCCAAAAAAAAAAAAAAUAGUAUUUCACAUUAAUUCCCAGUGGUUCUGUGCUUUGACCAUGUUACGCUAUGCCAACCCGUGUUUUGAGAGCUGCAUGCGGCUCAUUAGCGCUGCCCUAGUGGCUCCCUGGA